GCCGACUGUGUGGUCAUGGGCGAUAGCAGCGGAGCCGGCUCAGGGGAUUCCGUGAUAGGGGCUAGCGGCGAGGCAGGAGGAUUGGAAGGGGACCACGGAGAAGCUUCAGUGGCGGAUCCACGCGACGAGGGCGACCGCACCGCCGUCUCAGGCUGGAAGAGAAGGAAUCGUGUUGGGAAGGCGCAGCCGGAAAGGGCGCUAAACUCUGCUCGCGUGUCAGCGCUAGAGAAGACCCUCCGCGAGUUCCCCGCAAGGAAUUCGGGCGAAGUUAUUGUGCCGGAGGUUGGAGUUACGUUUGAUUCGGUUGGCGAGGCUUACGAUUUCUACAAUCUCUAUUCAUGGGAACGUGGGUUCGAGUCCGGUAUGGCAAAAGCCGGCUAAAUGUA